UCAGCGUUGCUGAAAAUACUCGUCCAAAGAAAAGGAAACGACAGGACCAAAACAUUUUAAAUAUUAACUUAUCUUUGCCGAACUGAUUGCUACGAUUUUAACAUUAGUACAUUAUGCACUCCAGAUGGAACCAGACUUGGCUAAAGGUUGCAGCUUCUCAAGAUAACAAUGAUGGAUGGGUUUGGGACGAUGCUACUUGGAUCCUUUGCUCUUCUUUCAUCAUUUUCACGAUGCAAACGGGAUUUGGAAUGCUGGAAUCUGGGUGCGUGUCUUUGAAGAAUGAAGUCAAUAUCAUGAUGAAGAACGUCGUGGAUGUGGUUUUUGGUGGGAUCACUUAUUGGGCAUUGGGCUAUGGGUUAAGUUACGGAUCAGGGCCUGGAACGAAUCCCUUUUUUGGGUUUGGCGAUUGGUUCGUGAAUGCAAAUGGGAAAGACAUUGGACCUGUUUUCACCACUUUCUUGUUCCAAUUAUCAUUUGCCACAACAGCAACCACGAUAGUUUCCGGUGGGAUUGGAGAGAGAUGUAACUUUAAUGCUUAUUGCAUAUUUUCAUUGCUGAAUACAUUUGUGUAUUGCAUUCCUGCGGGUUGGCUAUGGGGAAAACAUGGCUUUUUGAAGAACCUUGGUGCCAUCGACAUUGCAGGAAGUGGAGGGGUCCAUUUAGUGGGCGGAACUUCAGCUUUUGUAGCAGCUGUGAUUAUGGGUCCUCGGUUGGGUCGUUGGGACAUUAUUGGUGACCCUCCCAUGGGAAGUCCCACAAACGCAUGCAUUGGAUUAUUCAUGCUCUGGUGGGGCUGGAUUGCAUUCACAUCGGGUAGUUCGUUUGGAGUGUCGGGUCGGAAGUGGAUUUUAGCUGCUCAAUCAGCUUGUACCACAAUGGUGGCUUCAUUUUCCGGAGGAAUAGUAGCCAUUUUCUACAGCCUGUACAACACUAAUGGCAAGCUUAACAUCCUAAUGUUAAUCAAUGGAAUCCUUGGCGCUUUAGUCGGGAUUACAGGUGGAUGUGCUCUGGUGUCUUUGAGGGAAUCCGUUAUCAUUGGUGCGAUUGGAGCUUUUCUCGCCAAUAUUAGUGCUCCAUUACUCAUUUGGAUGAAGGUUGACGAUGCUGUUGGUGCGACUUGUGUCCAUGGAUUUGGUGGAUUGUGGGGAAUGCUGGCAGUUGGUUUGUUUGCUCGAACAGAUCACCUGGAAGGGGUCAGUCAACAUGCCGGACUAUUCCAUGGGGGUGGCUUCUAUCUUUUGGGUGUUCAAGGAUUGUGUUGUGUUUGUUUUAUGUUAUGGUCCUCAAUUGCCACACUCAUUCUGAUUAAAAUCAUCGACAAAUUUGUCCAUUUCCGCAUGACUGAAAUCCAGGAGUUAGUGGGAGCGGAUUAUUGUGAACACAAUAUUUUUCAUUCCGGAGUUGGAGUUACUAGAGCCGUCAGCGUGAUCAAACGACAUGACAAGGCUGUCGAUUUGGGAUUAGUUCCAGUCGGAAAAAACAAAGGCCAUAUGGAUUUUCUUGAGAGGGAGUACGCAUCCAAAUUGAAAUCGGAAGUGGAAAAGUAUACAAACCGAUCAAAUUUUCAGAGACAAUCCAAUAGAGUACAUGUAUUUGACACAAGUGCAUGUUGAGAAGAACAAAAUACAGUUU